UAUGUUGCAAGAAGAUAAUCAGAAUGUGAAUAUGAAUAAGAUAAUCUCAAUCAUAAAUAAAGCAAUAAAAAGUAUUAUAAUCUUUUCUAUAAUAGAAUGUCCUUAGUAUGAGCAAUCAUAACAUUAUUUACUUGAAUCAAGAAAAAUAGUAUUGUUUAAUGAAGGUUUAAGAGAAUAAAUCUUUAAGUGUUAAGAUGAAAUAAGAUUAAUUUAGAAAGAAAUGACUCAACCUUCUAAAAAAUUAAGAAGAAAGGCUAAUGAAAUUUCAAAAAAGUAUAGAUGUUCAAAUUGUGAUAAAAAAUAUGGCUCAGAAGCAUCACUUAAUUUACAUUGUAAAAUAAAACAUGCUUUUUCAGAAACAGAUUCAAAAACUUAAAUUGAUCACAGUUUUCAAAUUUGAU